AUGACAGCAUAGAGAGUUAGUUCCCUAUUGAUUCAGUUAAAAAAAGAAAAGCAGUAAAAGAAAAAGCUAAGAGCCAUUUUUACUAUGUCUUCGCUCUCUCAAUCUCAAUCUCAAACUCAAUCUGAUAGCACCACUCACACACACCCAAAAAAAUAGUCCCUUCUUUUGAAACCUAUUUUCCUUAUGAUUUGAUCCCUCUCCACUCUCAACACCACACAAAAACCAAAAAUGGGUUUUCCCAAAAAGCCCCUCUUCCUUCUUUUGUUCUUCUUCCUCUUCUUAACACCUCACCUCUCUCAAUCUUCCUCCGAUUACACAUCUUUGGUCUACAAAGGUUGUUCAAAGGACACUUUCACAGAUCCAAAUGGUUCCUAUUCCCAAGCUCUUUCAGCACUCUUUGGUUCACUCGUUUCACAGUCCACUAAAUCAAAGUUCUUCAAAACAACUGCAGGAAAUGGCCAAACAAGCUUAACAGGUAUCUUCCAAUGCAGAGGGGAUCUCACCAAUUCAGAUUGCUACAACUGUGUCAGCAAGCUUCCUGUUCUUUCAGACAAGCUCUGUGGCAAAACCAUAGCUGCAAGAGUUCAGCUUUUGGGUUGUUACAUGCUGUACGAGGUUAAUGGUUUUUCUCAAAUCUCAGGGAUGCAGAUUCUUUACAAGACUUGCGGAACAACAAAUGCUGCUGGAAGAGGGUUUGAAGAGAGAAGGGACACUGCUUUUUCUGUUAUGGAAAAUGGGGUUGUUAGUGGUCAUGGUUUUUAUGCUACUAGUUAUCAAUCUUUGUAUGUUAUGGGUCAGUGUGAAGGUGAUGUUGGUGAUUCUGAUUGUGGGGAGUGUGUGAAAUCUGCUGUUCAAAGAGCUCAAGUUGAAUGUGGAAGUUCUAUUUCAGGACAAGUUUAUUUGCAUAAGUGUUUCAUUAGUUUUAACUAUUAUCCUAAUGGAGUUCCAGGGAAACACUCUUCAUCUGGAGCAUCAUCUUCUUUUGAUUAUGCUUCAUCUUUUUCUGGUCAAAAUACAGGGAAAACUGUGGCCAUAAUAUUAGGAGGUAUAGCUGGGGUGGCUUUUUUGGUUAUAUGCUUGCUAUUUGCUAGGAAUUUGGUGAAGAAACGUGAAGAUUAUUGAGUUUAGAAGAUGGUUUACUGUGGAGGCAAGAUUCUUGUUGAGGUGGAUUGUUUCUUGAUAUUGAUAUAUAUCUUUUGUUGGAUGAAAGAGAUUUGUGGUAAAUAGACUUGGAAGAUAGAGAAAGAAUCUAGGACUGUUCAAUGUGGGGACGAUUAAUUCUUGUAGUUAGGUAAGAAGAUUUUGUUGUGAAAAAAAAAAACGGUGUAAUUAGCUCAUGAAAGUGAGAAUUUUUUUUUGAAUUAGUACAAGGGAAAAGGAUAUACCCAAGAGGAAUGAAUGUCUUGUAUCAAAAUCAAAAUUUUGUACCUAUCCCUUUAGCCAUGUGAAUGAUUCUCUUUUUCUUCAUCUCAAUACUAUUGAGUCACAAAUCAAUUUGCUAACUUUAA